AUGGCCUCCAAGAUCAGUAAACGAAAGAGGGAUACUGCUCCUGUGUCGCGAGUUAUAGAAAGCGACGAUGCCAGCCCACCACCUGCCGACAAUGCGCAGGAUAUUUUCCGCAAAUAUUUCGAAGCGCAAUUUGAGCCUCUAGACUUGCCUAGCAAGGACACAGUCAAUAAUUUGGACUCUGAGAUGGAAGGUGAAGGCUUAGACGAAAACGAGGAUGGAUCAGAGCUGGACUCUGACUGGGAUGGCCUCUCCAGGACAAGUGAUGAUGGCAAUGUUGUGGAAGUUGUUGAACACCAGGAUACUCGUCUCGAGCCAAAGGACAUGAUGAACAAGCAGGCCCGCAAAGCUUUUAUGACCGCAAAACCACCGUCUUCUAUCGAGAAGCCUACCAAGCAAAUCACGAAGUCCUCCAAGAAGAACGACUCGGACGACGACAACGACGUCGACAACUUAAAGCAUGACCUUGACCUACAACGACUCUUGAGAGAGUCCCACCUUCUCGAUUCAGCAUCAGAUCUCGCCCCCACUGGCAAGAACCGCCUAAAAGCGCUCGAUUUAAGAAUGCAGUCUCUGGGUGCUAAGGACUCCCUCUAUAAGCAAAAGAAUAUGCCAGAUUCCCAUCGACGUGGAAUCAAAGAGAAAGCCGCCUUGAAGGAUGAGAAGCGACGGCGAGAAGCUAAAGAAAACGGCAUCAUUCUUGAGAGGCCCUCAAAGGUCUCCAAAUCAAAUACUGGACGAAGAGAACGGGGGGUCGGAGGGUCAUCUAUUGGCAAAUUUUCGGGAGGUACAUUGAAUCUGAGCAAACAAGACCUGCACAGCAUGCAAAAGAGUAUCUCUAGGGGACGUUCUGGAAAGAGCAAGUCGAAAAGGGGCCGGCGUUGA